GUUGUCUCCCUUGAUGAAUUUUAAAGUAGAUGGCUGUCAUACUCAAAACUAAGUUAUAAGUUCUUAUACUUCCAAUGAAUGUGUAGAUGACGGCCCUGCAGUGACAGCAUCAUACUUUACACUGUUUGUAAAAGUGUUCAACACAGAUGAAUUACAAGCAGCAAAGACACGGUUAAAGCAUGUCUGUUACCCAUCCACUGCUGAAAAUUCUCAAAGGUGCUUUGCUUGAUCUCCAUCAGGAAAAGACAGUGAUUUUGGACAGGAACCCCAAGCUGAUUCCUCUGUGUAAAACAAUAGAAGAUAUUCUCCGAUGUGGACUUACAAAUAACAGCUCAUGGUUUUCAAGGACAGACUACUGGUCUCUGAUCAGCAAAAUCACACGUUGCACAAACCCAAAUUUGGAGCAUGUGAUCGAUUAUACCAAAAAUUGCCAAAAGACAUUAACCAUAGAAGGGAAGGGCAGGCUGUUUAUCCGCGCCUCACUUGUGAAGAGAACUCUCGAUUAUCUCAUCCAGACGAUUACAAGUGACGUCCAGCUGAUGAAGAUGUGGUAUGAUCCAAGGAGAUCCAUCAUUGGCAAUGACAUUCUCUGUGAAAUACUGUUGUCUUUGGUGAGAGAAAUAAAUGGCAUUACAUUCAAGCUGGUUCUAAAGAAUGCCAGUUUCCUAGACAUCACAUGGACAUUGCCGAUCUACAAAGAAUAUGAAUUUGUUCCUUGUGAUGUUCUGGGGAUCCACUUUCAGGAGGUGGAUGGCUACUUGCUUGUUGUGGAGGUGGAUUCUGACAGUGUAGCUGGAGAGGAUAAAAAAAUCUGUCCUGGUGAUAUUUUAGAUGACAUGUUUGGGGAAGGUCUCAAAGGCGGCAAAAAAGGAAAGGUGCAACUUUUGUUUAAUCAGUACAAAGGUUUACCAGUGUAUGCAGGCUUUGUUAAAGCUUGUGACUCUCAAGGAAACAUUUACCGUCCAAUUUCAAAGUUGUUACGAAUGAUUGACCUUGACCCUGAGGAGGUUGUGAGAGACAAUGCAAGAAUCGGUGACCAAUCACAAGACAAGAACGGAACGAAUAAGAAACCCGCUCAUGCAUUGCUACCCCAGGAUGACACUGAGGAGCUUCCAGUACAUGGUCCAGAGGGAAGAGCAAGUUAUAAUGUCACGUACUUGGGACAGGCAAUUUUGGGUGCAGAUGGCCGAGUUGAUCGCAUAGAAGACGCUGUAGAGGCUGUUAUCAACACUACUAACAAGAAACCAAAGCAAGUAAUAUUGGAAACAUCUGAAACAGGCAUUGUUUUAAUUGACAGACCUACUGGCAAGGUUGUUUUGGCAAAUUCUUUCACAGAGAUUUCAGCUUGUGGUAGAAGAACGGACUACAUGCAACAUUUUGCAUUCAUUUCUGGGGAGACUACAUGUAACAUGGCUCAGAAUUUCAUCUGCCAUGUCUUCCAUUCAUCAUCAGCAGAUGAGGCCAAAAUAAUACUCUGCAGUAUAGCCCAAGGUUUCGAGAGGACUCACUGGUUUUUAUGAUGUGAUUGAGAUCUGCAUUUCUCAGCCUAUUGAUCACACAGCAUCUGUUAGCUUGGUCCUGCAGCUCUCUGUUCUCUUGUAUCGGUGGUUAGUGUCCACACAGAUGAAGAUGCUGCACAUCUGUGUGCUUUCUGUUACUGUACACAUGUAUUAGAUUCAUAGACAAACAUUGUGAUAAUCUAUUAGCUCAAGAAUUUUAUAUAGACAUAUAAUUAAUUGUGUGUAUCAUUUCAUCAUAAAAUGAGAGUAAAAACAUGAAUAAUGUACUUGGGUUCCCCAUCCCAGUCAUGGUUAUUGAUCUGGGAAUAAUGAUUUUUUUAAAAAGAAAACAAGUAGUGUUUCAUCUCAUUUUCUGGUGAAAUCUGUCGUGUUUAUGCUGUGUUUUUGUAUGUUGAUCCAUUAUUUACCCAACAUUCCUAUCCAGCACCAAUCUUUGGUGAACAUCCUGACACUAUUGUUGGGAUUUUAUAAAAUUAACCUGAUUUAUGAGAAUUAAUAAGAUUGAAUUAUAUUAAAAGUUAGUUUUAAUCACAGCAGCUGUAAUGGUCACAUCUCAUGUCUACAAAAAUCUAAUAUAUUGCUAGAAACAUUUUCAUUGUAUCUUUGUUUUAACUGUUACAUUAUUAUAGCACCUGUUGGAAAAGAUUCCAAGUGCAUCCUACCGUGUUUAAAAGUUUAUUACCAACCCCUAAAUUUCACAAAUGCCCCAUCAGCGGGAGUAUUGAAGUACUAAUCAGAUUGGGUAACACAGAAUUGUUGUAAAAGGUCUUGUAUGUAUAAUGUUGCUAGGCUAUUUACAAUAUAUAUUUAUAUUCAGAUUUUAAAAAUUAGUUGUUGCUCGUUUGCAAAGCAGUUAGAACCUAAUUUAGUUUACAUGGUACAAUGUAUAUUAGCAUAGAAAUAUCGUAUUAUAAACAUGAUAAAAUAUUACUGUUUGUAAUAUCUGAAAAUGGCUACUAAUGUUGAUUGCUUUUCUAUGCCUUUAAUACUCAAAACCACAUUAUGUUUGUUUAUUUAUUUAUUUAUUUAUUUAUUUAUUUAUCCAUUCAUUCAUGCAUGCAUGCAUUUAUUUAUUCAUUCAUUUACUUAUUUAUUGUAUCAAACAAGCAAACUAUUUUAUUUUAUAAAUUUAACCACUUAUGUUAGUGUUAAAAAUUAAUGUAUGAAUAAAAUGAAAAUGUACCAGUAUUUAAACAUUCCUAAGUGCAUACAUGUAAUGUAGACAUUUGUAAAACUGAUAAUGAUACACAUCUUGAUGCAACCAACAUUGUUCGUAAUGACCAAAUAUCAGCUAAUAAUGACUUGUGCUAAAUAUGGUUUUUCUGUUCCAUCGGAUGGUCUGUCUGUGUGUUUAUUAGUGUCUUCAAUAAGACUUUUAUGUUUGUCCCUCUGUCUAUCGGUUGGUCUGUCUGUGUGUUUAUCAGUUUCCACAAUAAGACUUAAGUUUGUCCCUCUUUCUACCGGUUGGUCUGUCUGUGUGUUUAUCAGUCUCCACAAUAAGACUUUUACGUUUAUCCCUCUAUUUAUUGGUUGGUAAGACUUUUACAUCUGUCCCUCUGUCUAUCGGUUGGUCUGUUUGUGUGUUUAUCAGUCUCCACAAUAAGACUUUCAUGUCCCUCUGUCUAUCGGUUGGUCUGUUUGUGUGUUUAUUAGUUUCCACAAUAAGACUUUUAUGUUUGUCCCUCUGUCUAUCGGUUGGCCUGCCUGCGUGUUUAUUAGUUUCCACAAUAAGACUUUUAUGUUUGUCCCUCUGUCUAUCGGUUGGCCUGCCUGCGUGUUUAUCAGUUUCCACAAUAAGACUUUUAUGUUUGUCCCGCUGUCUAUCGGUUGGCCUGCCUGCGUGUUUAUUAGUUUCCACAAUAAGACUUUUAUGUUUGUCCCGCUGUCUAUCGGUUGGCCUGCCUGUGUGUUUAUCAGUUUCCACAAUAAGACUUUUAUGUUUGUCCCUCUGUCUAUCGGUUGGUCUGCCUGCGUGUUUAUCAGUUUCCACAAUAAGACUUUCAUGUCUCUAUCGGUUGGCCUGCCUGUGUGUUUGACGGUCUGUCUCCUCUGUACAGUUGUUGUUAUUUAUUUAUGCCAUUAGUUUCUGUAAUCACUGAUAUACUACUGUCUAGUUGACAGGUUGAAGCAUGCAUUGUGAUUUUAUCAUUCAUAAAAGCUGGUGUUUUUUCUUGGUCGUAGAAAACCGACUUAAAAGUAUUUAUGAUUCGUAUAUCAUAAUUGUUUAAGCUUUCAUUGCUUGGAGAUUCUCUUACCACUGUUACUCUUUAACAUGUUAUUCAUGUUCCCUGAACUCCAGAGCCCUCCCAUAGAAAACAUAAAACACCAAUAAAUAUCAACUCAUUUAUUGUAAACACACUAGGCCGGACUGACUGACCGAGUGUACAUUAAGUAACAUAAUAACACAUACUGCUUCACACAGUCACUCUUUAAGUAAUACUUCACCAUAAUGCAAAAUAACAAAAACACCACUUGCCCUGUUGGUCUCCUAGGCUGAAUGACACGUGCUACAAACUGCACAUGCAGCAUUAACCAUACCGAAGCGCCAUCUAUGGGAGCUACUCCCAAAUCAAGGGGAAAUAAUUUCCAUCUAAUUUUCUACGAUCAACUGACAAUGGGUUUUGUUUUUGUUUUUUGUAGCUUCUAUUUUUGUAAAUCUGUUUUAGAGGUUUUUUUUGGUGGGGGGGGGGGGGGGGUCUUUAAAAGCAAGGCAGUAUAAAGUUCUCUCUCAUUAUUGUUGCCUUUAUUACUGUUAACUUCCUUUUUAUUGAAAACCAGGGGUAACCAUAGUAAUCAUCAUCUCAUCAAUGAAAUCAUCACAAAACCUUGUGUUCAAAUUUUAAGUUUAUACUUCUUGUUUUUCUCCCUGUUUAUUGAAAGAAUGUCUUUUAAUAUUUUUCAUUGUACUGAUAUUCUGUAAAGGCAGCUACAUACAUUUAUACAUGAAGAUAAGACUUUAUUCAUAGACUAUAGACGGGGGACCAGUUAUAUUAAUUUGCAGUUGUUUUAUGACUGGGAUGGGAUGGGAUGGGAUGGGGGGGAUAUAAUCUUCAAGAGCUGCGGACUGCAUUGCCUAAUAGGUCGUCCUACUUAUAUUCAACUAAGGUCCAGACUUGUUGCUAUGAACAUACAAGUGCAGCAAAGACAGAGGUUAUUGAUUAGUUUAUAAAACUCUUUAAGAGAGGAAACUUGCUGUUUCCACAUACAUGUAUACAUGUACUCUUUUUCCCUAUUAGCAUACAUGUACAAGACUGGGGUGUCAGUGGAGCAACAAUAUAAAGAUAUUCGGGCAAAAUGAGCUUCCCUUAAAACCAUGUAUUUCCAUCAUCCUACACACAAUAUUAAUUGUAAUCCAGAUAAAAAUGCAUUGUUAUUCAUUGGCAAUCCUAUAUAGCCGUUUGGCUGUAUUGCUAAUUUGAAUAAAUGUUAUCCAGAUUCGGGCCUUUUUGUUUAAUUUGGGUGAAAAUCAGCCUGCCCUCCUAAAACAAUGGAGCCUGUAUGCCUAUCCUCUUCCCAUGUAGCAAGGAGUCAUUCCCACAAAAAGGAUAACACAGCUUUUGGUGUACCAGUCAGGACUGGAAUGGGAAAUAAUGCUGUGGAUUCUUUGCGGGGGUGACAGGUGUUCCUUCAGUUACAACACCUCAAACAUGUGUUCUAUCAAUGACAUACCUCUGGCAGAUACGGCCAUAUCAACUUUUUUUUCUAGUAACUUUUAAUGUGCUGACACUGACAGUUGUGCAUUUGGGUACAUGUAUCUGUGUUUGCACCUAGUCACAUAUGUUGGAGGGGGGGGGUAUUAUUUUUAUGAACAUUUCCAAAUGACAUUUAAUUAUUCAGUAUCAGAAGAAGUGUUUUCGGGACUAUAAUUUUUAUUUUUUUAAAUGUCAGUGCAUUUCACUAAUGUAUUUACAUAAAGUUUUUCUGUCUUUAUUAUGUUAUUUUGUAUUUGUAAUUAUGGGAGGUGGUUUUUUACAGCAUUUGAACAUAUAUUUCUAUUAUUUUCCUUGCAUUUAUUAAUCUUUUUUUCACAGAUACAUGUAAUAUUAAAAUGGGAACUUUAUCCUCCCAUGAAUAAUUGUGUUAAAAAUUGGUGUUGGUAUGGUAUUUUGUGCCAGUUCAUCAUCAUCUUCACCAAUGUUGGUCAACAAAUGAUAGCUACCGGUACCCCAUUUUCAUUUCAACUUAUUUUCGUGGUUAUGUCCAAUUAAGGUUCAAGCACGCUGCAUCAUGGGCACACAUCUCAGCUGUCUGUCCAGGACAGUGGGUUAGUUGCUAGUUGGUUAGUGAGAGAGAA